AUGACAGUUACGAUUAAAGCUGUAUCCGAUCAGUUCGAAGAAGCUCUAAUGGAUUCUUGGCUUGGACAUUAUCUGCGUGAGACACUAUCUCUUGACCUUGAUGAUACGAUCAUCGAAUAUUAUGCAGGUUUUCUUGGUGAUAAAGAAAUAUCUGAUGAAGAAAAGACAGAUAUAUUAUGUGCCGCUUUCCGUGAUAGUAACAGCCGUGCACUCUCGUCAGAAGCAGCAAUUGAGCGUGCAGUUCAGGAAAUAUUAACUAAUUAUCGUGAUCCUGACCAUGGCACGUCUACAGACACUGCUACGUCAAGUUCAAAGUCGACGACAACGUCAACGACUACCACAUCAACGCUCACAUCAGCGACAACCUCAGCGACAACCUCAGCGACAUCAACGACUACAUUCCAGUUUAACCCAUUUGCAAAGGACUUUGUCCCCAAUGCGGCGACAACCAUAAAUUAUCAGGACGACGACAGCAAAGCCGAACAAGAGAAACAAGGAGAUUAUAGUGACGAGGAUUUCAUACCAGAUGACCAAUGGAUUGAGCAAACACUUGAAGAUGAAGAGAAUCUAUUAUGUGAUGAUAGAACACCUAUGAUGCUAUUAAUGCAGGUAUUCUCGGAUGUUGAGUAUGAGGAACUGCUGAAAACUUUUGAACAAGAGAAUUACAAUCUGGAAAAUACUAUUGUUAAGGCAGCUGUUUUCGAAAAGACUGUUGGUAUUCCCAUGAUCUUGACAACCGCGUAUGCAAGUUUUGGCGACAGUUGCCUGUUUCUCCACACUGUCAACACAUCACAGAUUCAGAAUGUGCUACAAAAUACCACCACAGCCGGACCGGUAACCACCACCCUGGACGCAUCAGAUAAUGAGCUGUUUCCGUCUCUCGAUCAACUCAACUUGACGCCUACGCAGAAAAACAACAGUACCGUGUUGGACGCUACCUCGUCACGGAUUCCAGACUCGCCCUCUCGUGCUAUAUUCGUACGCCCCCCUUCUCCCACAGCCUCCAAGGCCAACAGUUCAUCUAAUUUUGCUCUUAUUGCAAAGCAUGGCAGUCUGGUGGAAGCGUUUCCUUGGAUUGAUGAGAAGACGAUAUCUUCAUAUUUACGCUUUUACAACAACGACGCCGAUGCUGUUUCUGCAAUACUAAAGAAGACAUACCCUAGGCCACCGGACUUUGUAUCAAAGGACACGUUAUACGAAGCCGCCACAAAGGCUUACAAGGCGAAUCGAGGAGAUUUGGCAAAGAAAUAUUCGCUUGAAGCACAAAAGUAUAACGAGUUAAUGCGGGAACUACAUCGCGAGGCAUCUCGGAAAAUAUUCGAAGCGCGUAACAGUAGUUACUAUGGCAAAGAACCAUUUAUAGAUUUACAUGGCCAGCAUGUGGACGAGGCAAUUUCUUACCUCAAGGAAUCUAUCGAUACUCUCAAGAAAGAGAAUUACAAUGGGAGCGUUAUCUACAUAGUUACUGGUACAGGGCAUCAUUCUCAAGAUAGACCCAAGAUAGGUCCUGCGGUCAAAUCUUGGCUCGAUGAGCAUGAAUAUGAAUAUUGUGAAUGUUCUAUCGAUAAGCGUUAUGGAGGAAUGAUUGCUGUUAAUUUCCGAUGA